AAUCCAGGGACGUGGCAGACGCUGUACACUCGUGAGAGGGUUCCACAAAUGCACAAAGUUCGGAAUUUAUCAAAUUCACAUCUGACAAUCCAAUAACUUAAAUAAUAUAUUUCAAAUUAAUUCUAUGUCCAACACUUAAAGCUCAAAAUCUGAAGGUCAAAUCUAUCUUACAAAAGCAUGAUUUAUUUCUAAAAUCUAUAUCAAUCUCGAAAUGACUAGCCUUCUAACUCGUCACUUCUUGUGGUUUUCUCGUUUUCGGUUUCGCUUCCUGAAAUGGUGGACAAGGAAAAACUAUGAGAUAAACUCCAGUAAGUAAAUUAUGGAGUGCCCCUUAUUAAACUUAUAGUAUGCCAACAAGUGCAAUCACGAAAAACGGAUACAGUACGGGAACAAAAUAGACGUCUCCUCUAUAGGUCAUGGCCAGUGUUAUAAACCUCCCACUGGCAGGCUACACUAUUUGCUGGUGUAUAAUCUCCACUUGCAGGGUCACUCGAAUGAACCGGUUCUAUCAAUAAUAUGUCAACAUGUGC